AUGGCUGAACCAGGCUUAUUGGAUGGAGAACGAGCCAUCUAUCUAGUCCUAAUGGAUGGCGAACCUGUGGCAUUUCGACAAGGAGCAACACCACCUGGACAACACAAUCGUGAGUCAUGCAAGGCGCAUGCGGCGCGUUUGGUGGAGUCCCAUGACCAGCUUCUCCAGAGCACCCUAGAUGCUGGAUCCUACAACAAACUCUGUAGCUUCCACCACAUCGUCGAUGGCUUCGCUGUACACACCACUCCAUCUCAAGCAAUGAGACUUGAAUUGGCUCCUGGGGUGCUGCGGAUAGAGAAGGAUAGGGGCGCAGAGCUGAUGACCACCUACACACCUCACUUGCUUGGCCUACCCCAAGGAAUAUGGAGCCGAGAAGGGGGUGAGAAGCAUGCAGGAGAAGGAAUAACGAUCGGAGUCAUCGACACAGGCAUCGAUCCCACGCACCCAAGUUUUGCUUACGACCCUUCGAACCCAUAUGAAGUGCAUCGGGGCACCCAGUUCUCCGAUGGUGCUUGUCAACUGGGUACGCAGUUUCCGGUGGGCUCGUGCAACGGUAAGAUAGUGUCAGCAAGGUACUUCUCGGCGGGUGCUACGGCAGCUCUUCGUCUAAAUGCUUCGAAAGACCUGUCUCCCUUUGAUCAGGUUGGACAUGGAAGUCAUGUGGCUUCAAUUGCUGCUGGCAACUGGGGAGUUCCAGUGGUGGCGAAUGGCUUCAUGUACGGGUCUGCAAGUGGAAUGGCCCCCCGAGCACGACUGGCCAUUUAUAAGGCUAUAUAUCCUGAAGGAGGAACUAUUGCUGACCUGGUUUCUGCAAUCGAUCAAGCAGCUCAAGAUAGGGUAGAUGUGAUAGUUCUGUCUGUUGGGCCAAACGAACCACCAGAGGUUACUCCAACUUUUAUGAGCGUAUUUGCCAUCUCUUUGUUAUUUGCAAGAAGGGCUGGCCUGUUUGUGGUGCAAGCAGCCGGGAAUAAAGGUCCUGGAGAAGCUACUGUCGUGUCCUUCAGUCCUUGGACAAUGGGAGUUGCAGCCAGCACCACAGGCAGAAGUUACACCCCUACCCUUAUCAUGGGUGACGGUCGCCAACUCCAUGGUGUAGGCUUAUCAGCACCAACUCCUGGAGAUGGGCACAUCCCAUUUAAGCUGGUAUCGGCCAGGGAUGCUGCAUCGGCGAACCGUAGCCACCCUGCAUCAACCCUACGAUAUAUGGAGGAUUGCCAGCAUCCAGAGGCACUGCAGCCAGCGGUGGUGCUCGGCAGCAUAGUCAUAUGCUCAUUCUCAGAAUCCUUUCUCAAUGGAACCUCGACCGUCGCCGCCAUCCUCGACUGUGCAAAGGCCCUUCGAUUUAUUGGCUUCAUCCUUGUCGCCAAUCCUCAAUAUGGAGAUUUCAUUGCAGAGCCACUUCCCUUUCCCAUUCCAGGCAUUAUGAUCCCCCGAGUAGCCGAUGCGCAGAUCCUUUGGGAAUACUACGAGAAGCACACUUACAGAGACUCCAGAGGGGCAGUCAUCAGCUACAGUGGUAGCGCAGCGAUUGGGGAAGGCAGAGUCGCUGCGUUCACGGAUCCAGCGCCCAUCGUUGCAAGGUUCUCAUCAAGAGGGCCCGACAUCAUCGACAAUAAAAUGAAUCCGGCAGACGUGCUGAAGCCUGACAUCCUUGCUCCUGGACAGCAAAUAUGGGCCGCUUGGAGCCCUACCAGUGCACUCGAUCCCAUACUCUCCGGCAACCAUUUCGCGCUGCUGUCGGGGACGAGCAUGGCGACGCCUCACAUCGCCGGAGUGGCAGCGCUCGUCAAGCAAACCCACCCGUCGUGGACGCCAUCCAUGAUUGCCUCGGCCAUGUCCACCACCGCCAAGAAACACGAUGAUCGUGGGCAGCCCAUCAUGGCGCAAGGUCCCGAGCUGUACUCUUUGUAUCCCUCCACUCCGUUCGACCAUGGUGCUGGUUUUAUCAAUCCUUCAGCUGCACUAGACCCGGGCCUCGUCUUCUCAUCAGGCUUUGAGGAUUAUAUUAGCUUUCUGUGCUCGUUGCCCAACAUCGAUCCUACUGCAGUGCGAUCUGCCACCGGAACACCAUGCAAUAAACCAUUUGAAUCUCCAUCGGAUCUUAAUCUUCCAUCAAUUACUAUAUCAGCUUUACGAGGGUUUCAGCUAGUCCGGCGCAGCGUCAAGAAUGUGGCGAACAGGACAGAGACAUACUCGUGUUCCAUUCAACCACCAGAAGGGAUCAAGGUUAGCGUGCAACCAUCUUGGUUCCAUAUGAUACCAGAAGGAACACAGCAUUUGGAGAUAAAGUUCAACAUUACUCACGCAUCGGACUCAUUCAGAUUUGGUGAGAUUGUUCUCACUGGGGCUCUAGAUCACAUAGUGAGGCUGCCUUUAGCAGUUCUGCCCGUGUCACUGCAAUGA